AGGAAGUGAAUUCUCGCCGGUGCCCGAAAAAAUGGCGGUUGAGCUGGAACACUUGAUAGGAUACUCUGGACAGCAUCGCAGUUGCCUGCUGUGGCACCCCGCCGAGCCGACCAUCAUCUACUCAUGCGGCUCGGCUGUGGUGAUGCAGAACGUAGAGGACCCGCACAAGCAGGAGUUCUUCAGGGCUCAUGAUAGCGAUAUCACCGCACUCGCACUCAGCCAGGUCAGAACGACACACAACGAAGCCGCAAAAUGGUAGAUCUUCUUCGUGUUGGUUCGUUGUUUCAGGAUGGCAAGACGCUUCUGUCCGGGCAGGCGGCGUCGCCAAGGCGCAAGGACGGCCCGUCUGAGGUCAUUGCGUGGGAUCUGCAGACGAGGAAGGGCAUCGGCCAGUUCGCCGAAAUGCGUGGCGGCAUCAUUGCCGCUGACAUGUCCGCUGACGGCCGCUUCGCCGCCGCCUCGUCGGAGGAGCGGCAGCUGUUCGUGUGGGACGUGCAGACAGGGGAGGUGGUCGUCAACAAACGUAGCGAACAGGUUAGGUGCCGGGUUUAUCCAUUGGAUGGGGGGGAUGGUGUGCCAUGGUUUGUGUCUGGUGCAGCUGUGCUCGACGGUGAAGUUCAGUAGUGUGGAGAGGGCCAAGGCGUCGCGGUAUCCCGAGUACAUGCUGGUGACGACACUCGAGAACCAGGUGGUCAUAACCCGACUCACAUUCGACCUCGCCGCCAUGAACUACAGAGGUACACAAAUGGAAAGCCACACCGCCACAUGAAGGAUUCUCAUCCACUCGUCUCUCUCCGUAUUCCCAUCUGCAGGCGACUCGCAGCGGGCCCAGCUGCCGUCCUCCGGCCUCCAGCGUCGCUUCCUGUGCGCCCUCACCAGCCCACCAUUCUUCCUGGCCGGAACCACAGCCGGCGACCUUCUCAUAUUCAACAUGGACACGUCCGUCUUCCGUGCAGCCAUCCCCGUGACGGCCAACGGUGUGCAGGCCAUGUGUGGGCAGGACGGGCGUGUGGUGCUGGGGGGUGGGGAUGGCAGCGUCAAGAUAUGCGAGGGGCGUGAUGCCCAGUGGGAGGAGGUCAAGGCCAUGGGGGUGAGCGGGUGCGUGUCGGGGCUGGCACUGUCGCCGGAUGGGCAGGAGGUCGUGUGCGGUACCACCAACGGGAGGCUCUUCAGGUGGGUGUCUCGGAGGGCAGGGAGGCAUGGAUGCGAUGCGCCGGUGUGUCUGUGUGUCCGGGCUGUUGGUUGUCAGGGUGAUGUUGUCGGACAUGACGGCUACGGUGUUGGGGCAUUCACAUUGCGCCGCCCUCACAUCGCUGGUAUUCGGCACCACACAGCAGAUAUUCGCAUCCACCUCUCGAUCAGGUGCGGCACACGCAUACACCCACACACACACACACACAUGUGACUGACGUGUGUAUUUCAUGGCAGGGGAGGCGCAUGUUUGGGAUCUGUCCGACUACCGUGCUGUAGUCCAGACGCAGCACCCGGCCAAGAAGGCGGCGCUCGCUGUCUGCCUGGCGUUCGAUGACACUGAACUCCUAGUCGGUACGCGCAACACACACACACACCCUACACAGCUCUUCCUCGCCACAAACAGCAGGGAAUCCCAUCUCUCUUUAUAACACAGGUUACGAAGACGGCGCCAUCCGUGGGUACUUCAUCGAGCCUUGUUUGCCCAAACAGCAGCCCGAAGACAAGAACGGCAGCCUAGACACGCCCACCGACACCACCUCUUCCUCCCCCUCCCCGUCAUGGGAGAUCCCCACCAGCCACCGGGGUGCGGUGACGGCCCUGACGGCCGCCCAGGGUCAGGGUGGCAAGGGGACCAUGCUGGUGUCUGGGGGUGAGGACGGCUACGUGCGGGUGUGGCAUCCGCGGACCAGGGAGAUGGUGGGCAACUACAGCGUCGCCAAGCGGGCUGUCACGGGGCUCAAGGUCGACCACAACAAACCGCAUGUGGUGCACGCCUGUAGCGCCGACAAGCUGCUGGUGUCUCUGGAUCUGCAGAAGGACAAAAAGGUCACCAAGAGAGGGAGAGGGGAGGUGGAUCAUUCUCACCUGCCUGUUGUAUGAAUGUGUGUGUAUGGGUGUGCAGGUGUGCCAGCAUGCUGUGGUUGACGGGGUCUUCACCGGCCUGGCGCAGCGGAAGGAUCACGAGUACGAGGUGACCAGAAGCCAAGAAGACACUCAAAGAGGAGCCAGCUAAUGAAUGGAUUGGAUUGAUGCGUUGCUGUUGUCAGUUGAUCACUAGUGGCGUUGACGGUCGCCUGCUGUUCUGGGAUGAGGACGAGGCGGACCCUGUAGCCAUACUCACACCCAUGCCCGACCCUGUCAAGUACACACAUACACACACACGCACACACACAUCCAUGAGACAAGCUCCCACAUCAUCUGCAUGUCUCCGCUCUCUCUCUCUCUCUCUCUCACAGGUUUCCGAACAUAGCCGGCGCCCCGACAUGCCUCUCGGGCAUCACGAGCGCGCCCAAGCUGCUGUGCGUGAGUGUGUCGCCAUCCGGCAGAUACGUGGCCUGCGGCGCACACGACAACCUCCUCUACAUCUACGACCUACAGGCAAGAACGGACAGACAGGCAGACUGAUGGAUGCAUGGAUCCAGAGACCUCGAUAUAUGUGUGUGUUGUGUGUGGUGUAUGGUAUCGAUCAGGGUCGCGAGUUGAUGUACACGGGAUUCGGCCACACGGGUAGAGUGGUAGCUGUGGCCUGGAGCCCUGACGAGAAGCAGAUACUCACGGCGGCCGAGGACUGCUCUGUCGCCGUCUGGAACUGCUUCGAGUGAGUGCUGGGUGGAUGGUGAUACACGCAUGAUGGUGCUAUGGGACACAUGCUACGGUGUUUUGUCAAUGGCGGUUGACAUACAGUGGUAUGGUGUGCUCGCGAGCGACUUAUUGAGAGUAUCCAGCAAAUGCAUGGGACAUUGCCGCAUGCACAAGGCGUCC